UCCACUGUAGACCAUGAUCAUAUGGAGGCUUUAUGCCAUCUUCUUCAAAACAAAGUAACCCCUCAGACAUUGAAAUUUAGUAUACCUACUUCUGAAGAAGUGGGAGUAAAACUUCUUCAGCAAGCAGUCAGAGGAAUAAGUCUCUGCAUAUCACAGUCCUAUACCCUAGCUUCUCUUGAAUUAUCUAAUGUUAAAUUGAGGGGCAACAACCUUGAGUUGCUGUGUCAGGGUCUUUCCAAGUCACGGAAUUUAAAAAUAUUGAGCUUUUCCUCGUGUAGUCUACACGAUACUGGAGUUGAGCGCUUAUGUCAGAGUAUAAAAAAUGUUCCAGCAUUUCAAACCUAUCUUUGA